AUGAACUCAUCAAAACCCCGCCGUACCCUCGCUGGGCCCAUCUUCCGCGUCCGCACGGGAUGUCUGACGUGCCGCGGCCGCAAGAAGAAGUGCGAUGAGACGAAGCCGCGGUGCCGCGGCUGCGAACGCAACCGGCUCGAGUGCAAAUGGCCCCCGUCUGCAGCCCCCAAGACCGCCCCGCCGAAGCCGGCCGGCGCAUCGGAGACCGCGCGGCAAGAGGGCGGCGAAUCUGCCGGCGCUUCUGCCCAGUCAGAGGCGUCUCCCAGCAUGCAGGAGUCUCCGCCUCGCCAAAGCAAUCAACCCUCACACUCUUCGCCAAUGGGCCAGAACACAUCGCCAUCUCAAUCGUCAGAGUCACCGAGCGGCGCGUCGACGGGAUCGAGUCCACGGCCACCAACGCGAGCGUCAGCAACAAGCCCGAAUGAUCCGCAACCAUCUCCAGAGAACCAUCUCGACUUCUUGGCAUCACUAGACUUCCUCUCCUUCCCUACUCCAGCCGUCCCUGGGAGUAGUCGCCAAGAUGAAGAAACCCCGGAGGUUCCGACGAGCCUAGUGACGGCUUCGCCUGUGAGAGCUGCGGCGAGUCCAGUGACGCAAGUUCCAAGGACUCUAUCAUUCCUGCCUGGAACUAAUGAUAGCUUCUCAAUGGAGCUGCUGAGCCAUUACCUGGCUGCUACGACAAUCAGUAUGGCCAACGGUUCCACGGUACAGAAUCCCUUCAGCGAGCAGCUGAUACCAAUGGCGUUCAAGAGCGACCUCGUCUUGCAGCUACUUCUAGCACAGAGCGCGGUCCAUCGGGCCGCAAAAUCUCUGAAUGACUUCGACAGUGUCGCCAACACAUACUAUGAUCGGUCGCUACGAUUAUUCCAGCAGAACCUCUCCAAGUUCAUGGGCGAGCAAUCCAGGGAACAGACACUAUUACUGGGCAUAGCUGCCCUGAUUCUAUGUUUCAUCGAGACAGCUAAAGGCGAUAUCAACGGCACGACUUACGACCAUCUCAUCGCAGCGAAGUCGCUCAUCGUACCCUCACUCCCCCUCCUCAUCUCCCUUCCAAAGUCCAUGAGACAGUUUCUUGUCGAAUACUACGUAUACACAGCCACGCUCAGCAUGAUCUCGAUAGACGCUCGGAUCAGUGACCAAUACUUCCUGGACAACGACAUGGCCCUCUUGGCGACUGAGCUCGUAGCGGAAUCCUAUGUCGGCAACUUGUGUGGCACCUGGCUGAACCUAAUCCUUCUGAUCCCUCCAAUAUUUGACCUCGCCCGCCGAGUACAAACCCGUUCCGGCACCCCAGGCUGGCGCCCUUCGGCAGAUGAAUUCAUGCUUUUCGCCCAACUACAAAGCCAAGUACAGGCGUGGACCCCGAACCCGGCGGUCAGCCCAGACGUUGCGCUGGCCGGAUACGUGUACCACAAAGCUGUGACGCUGUAUCUCUACACGGCCCUUCACCCUCUGUCUGGGGAUGAGAAUGGGAUCAUGGCUGUGUCUACCCAAACGGCGCUGGCGGAGGCGUUAUCACAUCUGGCGCAGCUGGAUCCAACUGUGAGGAACAUUUUUGAGGGAAAGACUGGGGCAUACUUUUGCGUCGAUUGGUCUAGGAAACAUCCGGCAAACCUCUGUAUUGCUCCAGCAUAUUUGGGAUGA